AUGGCGAUUAGCUUUGGGAUAGUCGUUGUUCCUUCGUGUUCUGGAGAUCGGCUCUUUAGGCCUAACUUAUCCGCCGUAUGCAGCGUCUCUUCGUCUGCUUGUUUCCGGUUGUGGCACAGACGAAUCGAUGUCGGAACCGGCGUGAUUUCGGCUCGCAGACGCCGUGAGACUGGGCUUUCUUUCCGAACAACUGAAGAUAACUUACGGAAUGCUUUUGAACAGUUUGGCAAGCUUGUACUUGUUAACUUGGUGAUGGAUAAAGUAGCUAACAGACCAAGAGGUUUUGCUUUCUUGCGGUAUGAAACAGAGGAAGAGUCUAUGAAAGCUAUCGAAGGGAUGCACGGAAAGUUUUUGGAUGGAAGAGUUAUAUUCGUGGAGGAAGCUAAACCAAGAUCAGAUAUUCAAAGAGCUAAACCAAGAUCAGAUAUUAACAGAGCUCAAUCCAAACCUCGCAAGUUUCGCACCUGGUAG